CUACCCUACACUGUGAUUUAAGGAGCCCAGCUACAUACACAUCCCCAGCCUGCCCGCCUCUGCGAUCUUGCAUGACCAGGAGAAGCUUUACAGAAAGGGAUUCUGUCUACACUUUCAGCCUUUCCUCUCGGAGGGAUGUCAGUUCAGUGGGUGACAGCUGUGUUCUUCCUGGGUGUUGGCUGCAGUGUCCUCACCACAAAAGUGAACAAGCACAAACCAUGGAUUGAAACAUCAUAUCAUGGAGUUAUCACUGAAAAUAAUGACACAGUUAUUCUGGAUCCUCCUCUGGUUGCAUUGGACAAGGAUGCCCCGGUUCCAUUUGCAGGAGAAAUCUGUGCAUUUAAGAUCCAUGGCCAGGAUACUCCUUUUGAGGCAGUUGUACUGAACAGAACAUCUGGCGAAGGUCGACUAAGAGCUAAAGGACCAAUUGAUUGUGAAUUACAAAAGGAGUAUACCUUCAUCAUUCAAGCAUACGACUGUGGGGCAGGUCCAAGUGGGGCCAACUGGAAGAAAUCUCAUAAGGCUGUCGUACACAUUCAGGUGAAUGAUGUGAAUGAAUUUGCCCCAGUAUUUAAGGAAAGCACAUACCGAGCAACUGUAACAGAGGGUAAAAUCUAUGACAGUAUUCUGCAAGUUGAAGCAAUGGAUGAAGACUGUUCUCCCCAAUACAGCCAGAUCUGUAAUUACGAGAUUGUUACCAGUGAUGUACCAUUUGCUAUUGACAGAAAUGGUAACAUCAGGAAUACAGAUAAACUAAGCUAUGAUAAGCAACACCAGUAUGAGAUUAAAGUCACUGCAUAUGACUGUGGACAGACACACUCAGCUCAGGAGGUCACAGUAAAAGUAGAUGUGAAGCCAGUGUGCAAGCCAGGAUGGCAAGACUGGGAUAAACGUAUAGAACACAACCUUGGAUCUGCAAGUGUUGCGCUAUUUCCAAAUAUUCACUUGGAUACAUGUGAUGGACCUGUGUCUUCUGUUCGUACUAGCAUUGAACUCCAGAACAAUCAUAUCGGAAAAGGCUGUGACCGUGAAACUUAUUCUGACACAUCCUUGCAAAAAUUAUGUGGACCCUCUUCUGGUGCCAUUGACUUACUCCCGACUCCAACUGCAGCCACCAACUGGACAGCUGGCCUGCCUAUGGACAACAGUGGCAUGAUCUUUAAAUUCGAUGGCAAACAAGGAGUGAAGAUCCCAGAUGCCAUAUUACCAAAAAAUCUUACUGACCAGUUUACUAUCACCAUGUGGAUGAAGCAUGGCCCUAGCCCUGGACUGAGAGCAGAGAAGGAGACAAUACUAUGCAAUUCCGACAAGACAGAAAUGAACCGCCAUCACUAUGCACUAUAUAUUCACAACUGCCGCCUUGUCUUCCUGUUACGCCGCGAUUUUGACCAAGCUGACACUUUCCGACCUGCAGAGUUUCAUUGGAAAUUAGAUCAGAUUUGUGACAAAGAAUGGCAUUAUUAUGUAAUCAACAUAGACUUCCCAGUAGUGACUCUGUACAUGGAUGGAGGAAUGUAUGAGCCAUACCUGGUAACAAAUGAUUGGCCAAUCCAUCCCUCACAUAUUGCAAUGCAGCUGACAGUCGGCGCUUGUUGGCAAGGUGGUGAAAUCACAAAGCCUAAAUUUGCCCAAUACUUUCGUGGCAGCAUUGCCAGUCUUACUCUGCGCCCUGGAAAAAUAGAAAGUCGCAAAGUGAUCUCUUGCUUGCAGGCCUGUAAAGAAGGGCUGGAUAUCAAUUCACUGGACAACCUUGGACAAAGUGUAAAGUACCACUUCAACCCUUCACAAUCCAUGCUUAUAAUGGAAGGUGAGGAUAUCGACAGCAUAAAUCAAGCUCUCAGAAAGGUUUCUUAUAUUAAUUCUCGACAAUUCCCAAACACUGGCAAAAGAAGGAUCAGGGUCUCAUCCAAAGUCCAAUGCUUUGGAGAAGAUGUCUGCAUUACCAUCCCAGACAUAGAGGCAUAUGUUGUUAUUCUCCAGGCUAAUGAACCCAAGAUCACAGUCACUGGAAUGGAUCAUUUUGCUCGUCCAGCAUCAGAAUUUGAAAAUGUGAAUGGCGUAAUUUUAUUUCCAGAUAUUAGAAUCAUCAGUACAGUCACCAAAAUUGAAAAACGGCUGGAUAAGAAUUCUGGUAAAACUGCUGGUGCAGUGGUAAUGGCAGAGAUGCUACAUCAUUUGGAUUUUUGUGAUAUCUUGAUCACUGGUGAUGAACUGAACACUAAACAGGAGUGUUUGGAGCUGGAUCGCAGUGUCCUGCAAGGAAAACAUCUUGAUGCCACCAACUCAACUAAAGGCUAUUCCAUUUAUGGUGUAGACACAAUGAAAAACUAUGAAGAUGUUCUACGACAAGUUCGUUAUCGUCAUUGGGAUUCUGCUUCUAUCUUUGGUCGAAAGUUCAAAGUCAAGUGUUCUGAAUUAAAUGGACGUUACACAAGUAAUGACUUCAAUCUUGAGAUCAACAUUUUACAUAAUUCAAAUUAUAUGGAGCAUGUAAAUCACAUGGUGAUUCAACCUCAGUUCAUGCCAUCUCUCCAGUAUCCAAGUAGUGACGUACUAGGGCAUGAAAGCCGUGUGUCUCCAGGUGCUACAACCAUUGUCCUGGUAGCAUGUAUCAGCAUAUUGGUUAUUAUUGUUGUGCUGGGAAUCUUAAGAUUGCGGGCAGUCCACCAACAAGAUUUUCCAGAUAAAGAGGCAACAAAAGAUCCAGACAUGAAUUGGGAUGAUUCUGCUUUAACUAUCACUGUAAAUCCUAUGGAGAAAUAUGAAACAAAUGUCCCUGGAGAAGGUGAAAGUGAGGAAGAAGAGGAGGUAGAAGACGAUGAGGACGAUGAUGAAGAAGAUGAAGAGAGCACAAGUGGUGACUCUGAUGACAGUGAUGAAGAGGAAGUUGAAAACCAACCAAGAUCAAAGCAGCACACUGCAACACGAAGAGGACACCUGGAAUGGAAUCAAUUAACACUUACGUACUAA